AUCUUCUUGCGACACGUUGACGACGUCCUUGGUAUCGACCCCAUCUGAUCACAACUCUAAAACGGAGAAACUCCACUGUCGCCUUCGCUUCGCAAACCCUAAUUCUAUCACUGCGGUCUCAGCCUUCCAGUCGUUUUUGGUAUCCGUCCGGCCAACUUAGAUCGCCGAUAAUGCCGUUCAAAAGAUACGUGGAGGUCGGAAGGGUCGCUCUCGUCAACUACGGGAAAGACUAUGGAAGUCUCGUCGUCAUUGUUGACGUCAUCGAUCAAAAUAGGGCUCUUGUUGAUUCCCCUGAUAUGGUGCGGACCCAAAUGAAUUUUAAGAGGCUUUCACUCACCGAUAUCACGAUUGACAUCAAAAGGGUUCCAAAGAAGAAGACUUUAAUUGCAGCCAUGGAAGCUGCUGAUGUGAAGAACAAGUGGGAGAACACUUCUUGGGGCAGGAAGCUUAUUGUGCAGAAGAGAAGGGCUUCACUUAAUGAUUUUGACCGGUUCAAGCUAAUGUUGGCAAAAAUCAAGAGAGCUGGAGCUGUGAGGCAGGAACUUGCAAAGCUUAAGAAGCAGAGCGCAGCAUAACGCCUUUUCUCUUCUUAUUUGGAGCUUUUUCAUAGGUUUCUGCAAGUUUUUUUGGGAACUUGCAGUGCUUUUUGAAUUUUUUUGUUAAGAUGAUCAUCUGGCUCCAUUUCAAUGCCUUCUGGUUUUUGAGUCCUUGUCUUUGGCUCGGUAACUUGUGUAUGCAAAAUUGGGAUUGAUGUGGUUUCAAUAUCAGUGCUAGUAUGUUCACA